AGUGUGUGUGUUGGGCCUUUCCUGGUCCUCCUUAGCUGCAGGUGGCGCUGUGAAAGAGAUGGGUCUUACCGGCUUCUCCGACUCCGAGGGCUCAUUGGGGCCUAGUGAGCUCCGCUGUGAGAAGGCGACGUUACCUCAAAAAGAGAGAGAGGAUGAGGUACCAGAAGGCCUGAACUUGGAUACUCACUCGGUCCCUCAGACACUCUAUGGAGUACUGGACCAGUCUGUGGAACUCAGAUGUUUGGAAAUUAAUUCUUCUGUCACUUUCAUCUGGUCAUUUAUUACGCUGGGAACUAAUCGGUCUGUCCCCAUUGCUUGGGGAGAUUUGAUCAGUGAGGACGCUGCACAGCUGGGAGUCGUCAGCCUGAUAGACAGCACCCUGGUCAUAGACAAACUGACUCUGCAGGCUGAGGGGCAGUUCACCUGUGUGGUGAAGAAAGGAGUCUUGCUUGCAGUCUACAUUGACCUUGUAGUCCUAGUGCCAGUUGUAACCCCUACUUUCACAAUUGAUAAAGAGAAACCAAUAGAAGGAACAGAAGUUCAUAUGGCGUGUACGGUUGAGGUUGGAACAAGGCCUGUUACAUACAUCUGGCAGAGACACACUGUCUUUGAGGGAACAUCUAAAGUUCAGGAGGGCACAGACAACAUGUUUGUCCUAUCGCCAGUCACCAGAGCACACACCGGCUGGUACACCUGCACUGUGAGGAACGUGGUCAGUGAAAAGACCAGUGGAAGACUGUCCCUGGAUGUUGUCUAUGGUCCAGAUGAGCCUACUAUUACCAUUGAGCCCUACGCCAUAAGUGAGAACGGUUUUGCUGCCAACGAGAUGGAGAAAGUCAUCCUGAACUGCACAGCGUCUUCUAACCCUCCAUGCGAGUAUAUCUGGUUCUACAAUAACUCUCAGCUGGACACAGGACAAAUGUACAUCUUUCCCAGGAUCAUACGGACCCAGACGGGACUAUACACUUGUUUAGCAAAAAACUUGCAUCUCGACACGCGCACACAACUUACCAUCAGGCUGACCGUCUACUAUCUGCCUGAGGGCCAACCCAGCUGCACAGCGCUGCCACACAACCGCUUCCAGAACGUGGCACUCUGGUGCUCGUGGCCCGGUGGGCUUCCGCUGGCCCAGCUUUACUGGAUGAAACAAAGUGAGGAGGACAGCAUUAUUGUGUCAAAGUCUAAUGCCACCCUUAUAAAGAGCGGGGCUGAUAUGAAGAACCGCACCACAUUUUACUGCUCUAUAUUCCACCCUUCCCUCAAGAAGAACAUCACAUGCAGCACCACCGUGGUGAUGCCCUCAGGCGGCCCAAACUGUUCAGCAGUUGCCACCAAACUGAAUGAAUUUAUCAUGCUAACGUGUGAAUGGACAGGCGGUUUGCCACGUAUUACACUGAUGUGGAAUUAUGGCAUAGUCGGAGAUAUUAAAGAGUCCUCAAACAUCUAUGUUUUUAAACCCGACCGAACAUACAAUGGCAAGUUAUUCAUCUGUGCCGCCCUUCAUCCCAUGAUAAGAGAACAGACAGAGUGCCAUAUCCAACUUGAGGCUCCAGUCCUUGACUCCCCAUCCAUGGCAAACUCCAUACUAGAGGGAAAUAGCGCGUAUAUGAUUUGCAAUCUAAAAUCAGCAACUCCAAGCUCAGAGAUCACCUGGUAUGACAACAACAACCAGGAGAUAAUCUCAGAUUCCCAGAAGUAUGGUAUAUUCAAAGAAGACAACAUGUCGAACCUCACAGUACGAGAACCUGAGUGGGGCAUGGAUAGCGGACUGUACCGGUGUAUGGCCUCUAAUGCUGUGGGAAACACCUCUCUUUUAAUUCGGCUGGAUGUCAACAAAUAUCCUACCCCUCCUAAUGUGAGCAUCAGUAAGCUCCUCUAUAGCCGCCAGAGGACUGAAGUUGAUGUGGAGUGGAUGACGCAGGGAGCUGGAGAUUUAACGGGUUUCAUGGUCCAGCGACAAGCCAGCAUCCGCUCAACUUCUCCUAGGAGAUCCGUACAGACCGCCCCCUGGGAUAUUGUGGCUAACGACAUUGAGCCUGAAAUCCGUGGCCAUAAACUUGCUGGUUUGGACCCUUCCAUCUUAUAUGCCUUCAGAAUACUGGCCGUUAACCAUAAAACUACAGGAUUUCCCUCUGAGGUUAAAACACCAGCGGAUCCUCCAAACAAUAUUUACCCUGUUGCCAUAGGGGCUGGAUUUGCAGGCAUGUUGGUGGCAGUUGUAGUGAGUCUCCUGGUGUUCCAGUACAUUGCCAGAAACCGCCAGAACCACCCACGGCUCCAUGAUUGGUUCUUCAGAGCAUCUGCAGCAGACGCUCGAGAGAACAUCAGACAUCCAGAAGAUGCUGAAACUGCAGUGGAUACAGAAGAGGGAGCGACUGCUUCCCCUGAGACAACCCCAGAACCUGCGCCAACCCCGGAACCAGCUCAAGGUAACUUCAGAGAGAUGACAUGA